GGGCCAACUCAGUUGAUGACAUGGAUACCUGCUUACUCAGCCCGGGCUAUGCUCGCUCCAGUGACAUGUACACACACGUAGGUACCGUGCCUCGAAAGGAGAGGCAGAAAAGCAGCAAGGGGUCAAAGAAAAAAAGGAGUAGCAAAGGUCAGAUCAGUGGGGGGCAGAGCCAGUGUCAGGCUGGGGACUAUGUACGAGAUUCUCCUCUUCUGAGUGUCCUGUCUAGUACCCAUCUUUCAGCUUUAGAGAAGCCAUUGCCUGGUGGCCUUACAGGGAAAACACUGCCAGUGGUUCAGGCCCCCACUCACUCUCCCUCACCCAGCUGUGACACAGAUACACUGCCAUCCCGUAAAGGCUCAUAUGAAGUACCCAAGUCCUCUGCACUUAAUAAACCCUCAGGAAAUCAAGAUCCACCAUUGACAUGUGAGGACCACUCAGUGGUCAAUGCAGCCAGGACCAAUCCUUGUGUGCCUGACCCUGCCACUAUGCCUUCCUCCCAGAGCACUCAGUACUACUCUGACCCAGUGUCACCCACAGCGCUUACCAAGGACUUGUAUGAGGUGAUGGACCCUAUAGCACAGGUGGUCCGCAGAGAUACAGAGCAGAAGACACAAGAUGAUGGAAGCAGGACUCUGGGAGAUUCACAGCGGAUGGGGACAUUUGACUGCCAAUUGGAUCCCAUUGAAAGCAAAGGUGAAUAUGUGAAGUUCUCCAAGGAGAGGUUCUGGUUGGAUGUCCCGUCUGAGAAGCUGCGCAGGGAGCUGGAGGAAGAGCUGAAACUAAGCAGCAGCAACCUGUUGAGCCAUGGCUGGUACCAUGGACACAUCCCCUGGGAGGUGUCAGAGACUCUGGUGUUGCACCAUGGGGACUUCCUCAUCCGAGACUCUCUCUCCAGCCUGGAAGACUAUGUGCUGACCAACCGCUGGAACCAAAAUACCCUGCACUUCCUAAUAAGCAAGGUCCUGCUUCAGACCAGUGAGACCUACACCCGGGUCCAGUACACCCUGGAGGGAGAGGCCUUCGACUCUGUGCCUGCUUUGGUUCACUUCUACGUGGGGAACAGGAUGGUUUUGACUCAGCAGAGUGGGGCUCAGAUCCACAGUCCCGUUAAUCGUACUCUACCACUACACUACUUGGAGGCAGCCUUCACUCUGGCCAACCACAAGGGCUCUCUGAACUCUCCCUCCUGUCAGAAAGGGGCUCUGGUCAAGACCCAGAGUGGGAAUGGGAUGGACAAGAUCUGCCCGCUUAGCCCUUCUACUCUUCACCACAGGGGGGCAGUCAGGAGCUGUAGCUUCAAUUUGGAUCAGAUUGAGAAAAUCCAUCAGCCCCCUUCACCUAUUGGAGAGAACCUUCUCUCUUCACCAUUCAUCACCCAGCAGCCCAGGAGUCCACGUGUCAUCCGAGUGCCAGAGGUGGCUCCCUCCCCAUCUGUCUCCAGACGCUCCAGCAGCAGGACCCAACCCUGCCCCUCACCCUCACCCUCCCCCAACAACAACACACAACAGACCACCAGAGCCCAGGCCUCACCAACCCACAUAUAUCUGACUCCAGACACAGACAGCAGCUACAGUCAGCUCUGUCCUGCCACCCCACCAGCUCAGAGUUAUGUGAAGCGGCUGUGUACGGAGGAGGAGGAGGGACAGAGUGUUGUAGACCCUGUGAAGGAGGAGAAUGUGUAUGAGGUCCCUAUAGUGGAAACAGCCUCUGCCUUCAGGCCUAGUAGGUACCAGUCCCCACUGAUGACCAAGGAGAACAGGCCCCUGGAGGUGGGGGUGCUGAGGAGGAUCAAGGAGCUGCUAGCCCAGGUGGAUGCCAAGACAGCGGCUAAACACAUCACCAAGGCUGACUGCAUGGUCGCCAGAAUAUUGAACGUGACUCCGGAGAUGCAGAGGAAGAUGGGUGUAAGUUCUGGGAUGGAGCUACUGACCCUCCCACACGGUCACCAACUCCGUCUGGACCUGCUGGAAAGGUUCCAGACCAUGUCCAUCAUGCUAGCUGUGGAGGUGCUGGGUUGUACUGGCAGCACUGAGGAGAGAGCUUCCCUGCUGCACAAAACCAUCCAAAUGGCUGCUGAGCUCAAGAGCAACCUGGGCAACAUGUUUGGCUUCGCCGCCAUUAUGAGAACCUUAGAGCUGCCACAGAUCUGCCGUCUGGAGCAGACGUGGAUGGUGUUACGCCAGCGACACACAGAGGGCGCUAUCCUCUAUGAGAAAACCUUGAAGCCUUUCAUGAAGCGCAUGAACGAUGGGAAAGAGAGCGGUGCAUUUUCUAACACAUCUUUCCCGCACGUGGUGCCCCUCCUAUCCCUCCUGGAGAAGAGUGUGGCGGUGGCGGACGGGGCGGAGCCCUGGGAGACGGUGGAAGCGGGGAUGGAUGUGGUGAUGAGUCAUCUGGCGGCGGCACGUACUAUGGCACAGCUGGGUGGCAACUACUGCGCCAACGCAGAGAAAAAUCUACAGGGUUUCCAGGAGCAAGCUGAGGUUCUAGAACUCUUCCUCACAGAAUUCCAGAUGAGGUUGCUGUGGGGGAGUCGGGGGGCGGAGGAGAACCAGGCAGAGCGAUACACCAAGUUUGACCAGGUGUUGACCGCCCUGUCCAACAAACUGGAGCCCCCCCAUUCGGCACAGUGACCUUUAACCCCAACCCACAUUGGACCUGAAUGGGUCUGUCUUGCCUUUGUCUCUUGAAAUGAGAAGCAACUCCUGUCAAGUACUCCGUGUCAACUGACAUGGCUGUACCAGCAAGACUGAGUCAGGACAUUUUUUUUGUCUUGAGAGAUGCUAUGCUAUGGCUUAAAUUCAUGGUUCUGGGUAAUAAGGUAGGCUACUAAUGCCGCUUUAUCAUUUCACAUAGAAAUGUGCUUCACUACACAGACUUGUGCUGUGAAGUAGUAAACAGAGAAUAAUGCUCUGUUGGCGUAUGGCCAGAGAAGGAUUACUUUAUCCUAUCCUAGGUAUUCCUUAAAGAGGUGGGGUUUCAGGUGUCUCCGGAAGGUGGUGAUUGACUCCGCUGACCUGGCGUCGUGA